ACUAGAUGUCAGACAAGUCACGUGCUUCACAGUUUUACACAGAACUGAAGUUAAAUAAAUUUAAAUCUAAACAAAGUUGGAAGAGUAAUAAAAGAGUAUUUGAAAGCAGAUGUCUUGAAAUUUUAUCGUGGAUUGUGGACGUAUCAGUUCUUACUCAAAGAUGACUUCAAACAUUUCAUUCAAUGAUACAUUUAAUGUUGUAAAAUUUCAGGAAGAAAUUCUUAGAAACAAAUGUCGUUUAUGUUUGAAACCUGUAAAUUCCGAAACUGAUAGAACACAACUAUCAAAAGAGUUUAAACAUAUGAUACAUAACAUCUUACAAAUUCAGUUAAAUUCAUCAUCAAUAACUUCGAAUUUCAUAUGUCAGAUAUGUCGCUCCCAAGUUAAUGACUUUUAUCUUUUUAAAAGUGAAAUGAUAGAACAGCAGAAUUACCUUGAAAAGUUCUUAGUUGUCGAUUAUUUAAUCACAUACCUUGAUGAAACUGAUUUCAACACUGAUCUCAGUACUACAUUAAAUGAAACUGAAAUAAACGAUAGCAUGUUGUUAGAAAACUCAAAAAAGUAUGGCAAAUUAAUAGAAAGACUUAAAGAAUCCUUAGCUGGGAGUGAUUCAACGAUUUACUUUGAUGAAACUGAUUUGAGCACUGAUCUUAGUACAUCAACCAUUUUAAAACCAAACAAAAAAUCAAUUUCUAACAUUGAGCUUGAAGACAGUUUAAUGGGAAUAAAAAUCGAAACAAAUAGAAGCAAAAAUAUGGACGAAGAAAAAGAAAUCGGUGACGCUCAGAAAAUACCUUGCAAAACUUGCGGAAGACUUUUGAAACGUGGAAGUUUAAAGGCACAUAUUUUAAGGAUUCAUAAGUUAGAGAAAAAGCGUUGUGAAAUUUGCGGAAAAGUUAUACGAAGCCGAUUCGCUUUGAAGAAGCAUAUGAAAGAGGUUCACGACAAACCCUUCGAAUGUGACUUUUGUGGAAAGAACUUCUCCAGCAAAGAUGCUGUUCAAGAACACUUGAUGUUACAUGUCCCAAAGAAAUUUCAAAUCAAACAUAAAUGCCUAUUUUGUGGAAUGUUUUAUCGCAGAAGGUCAUCAUUCAACUAUCAUCUAUCUACACAUAAAGAAAAACCGUUUCAAUGUUAUUAUCCAGGAUGUACAAAAACGUUUCACAAAAAAUCUAAUAUGGAGGAACAUUAUCGCACUCACUGUGAAGGUAGAAAAGUACUUAAAUGUCCCUAUGAAAAUUGUAACACAACUUAUUUAUACAAACAUAGUUUGACAUUUCAUAUAUCUUCCAUUCACAAAGGAAUUAGAAUCAAUUGUCCAAUCGGAAGUGGUUGUAAAUAUUCAGGACCACACAAAAACCAUAUUAAAGCACAUUUGUUACGUAUGCAUAAAAAUCUCUCUCGUGAAGUAUUAGAAGAUUACAUAAGCCAAAUAAAUGUCAUGAAAUCUCUAAUAUAGAAUGAUGCUGAAAGAUAAACUUUGUUGACAUAAGUUUUUAUUAUUUUCAUGUGGUUGAUAAUGAAUGAGAUUUUAUUAAUUUUUUUCUUAUUUCUAGAAUUAUUUAUACCUAAAUAGACAUUGU